AUGACUAAAUCGUACCUGCUCGAGUCAGACCCCAUCCUCAAGACGUCCUCCAAGGCAACGUCCUCGCCCUUUGCCCUGAGCAACAAUAACAACAACAAUGCUGAGGGCACUGGUGGCAAUGCUGGCAAUGGAGGAAGUGGCGGUGGUGGACAUCGUCACCACCACCACCAUCACCAGCAGCAGCGUUCUUCCACCAACUGGAACCACUACCAGGAGGAUGCGGCUGCGGCCGCCGCCGCCUCUGCGGCCAUUCAGCAGCAGCUCCGCCAUCAGCACCUGCAGCUGCAGCAGCACUCCAUUCCCGGGCACGACCUCUUCUCCGAUCGGCCCUCCGUCAAGCCCUCACUGGCGGCGCACCACGUCCAACCGAUCGCUUACAUCAACGGCAACUCGGUGCGACCGGUGCGCUGUCGACACUACUCGCAGCAGCAGACGGCGCUGUCGGUGGUGCACCAGCAGCAGCGACAGGAGCAGCAGCAACAGCAGGCGAUGCAGCACAGUAAUGGUCGAAAUCUAAAUGCCAAGCGCGGCGGCCGAGGCAUUGAUUCAAUGUCCGAGAGCACCAGCAGCACUAACAGCACCAGCAGCAUCAGCGGCAGCAGCACAACUGGCAGCAUUGACAGCGACGGAGCCAUCAACCACGAAGAACUGAUGAUCAUGGACUUUGACGGACUCAGCAACAGCAGCGGCGGCGGUGGCGGCGGCAACGGAAGUGGCAACGAGGCCGGGCCUGCCCAUCCUCCCGUCGGACACUACGGCGCCGGUAAUGCCAUCAACAGCGGCGGUG